UCCUUUCCUGAGUGUCCAUACUCGGUUGUGAAUUGUAUAGCUGCCUGGCUGGAUGACCUACUUUUUCCUAGUUGCUAGUUGUCUGUUUAGCGCACAUCAGCCAGUUGAACCGGGAUCUGCCUACAGAAGGAUGGUCGAGUAGUAAAGAGAAAGAGAGAGAACGAGGGGGGAAAAAAACUUACACCGAACACCGUUUCACUCGCCAACAACACACACACGCAAUCGGGAUCGCCUGGCUGGGAAAUACGCUUAACCCAAGAGUUGUUUUUCAACAAAAUGCCGUGUUUCAUUUAAUUGUAAAAAAAAGGAAAAUAAAAAAAAAAAGUCUGGCUUAUAACGGCUUGAUUUGUACAAUACUGCACUGCGUUUUGGGAUAGGAGAAGCAUCCGUGGACUUCUUUAGUCAACAGCACGGAGCGGCAUCAAACUGCUACGAGUUCCUCGAUUAAAGAUCCUGAUCUAUAUCGGAACAGGUGAAAGGAGGGGAUAGUUUCAGACUUCGAGAGAACCGUAGGCAGGGAACCUGAAUGGGAACAGGAAGACUUCACAGAGGGCUGCUACAGGAGUGGCAGUGAGCAUGGAAAACCUUGCAGAGUUUGGGAGCUGCUGUCCGUCCAGAGGGAGAGAAUGGGACUCCAGCAGCUGUGUCGAUGACCUGAUGGAUGAAGAUGAGAAGGACAGGGCAAAGAGGGCAUCACGCAACAAAUCUGAGAAGAAGAGACGAGACCAGUUCAAUGUGCUCAUCAAGGAGCUCUGCACCAUGCUCCAGGGUCAGGGUCACCCGCGCAAGAUGGACAAGUCAACCAUCCUUCAGCGGACCAUUGACUUCCUCCAAAAGCAGAAAGAAAUCACAGCGCAGACUGAGUCGUGUGAGAUCAAGCAGGACUGGAAGCCGUCGUUCCUCAGUAAUGAGGAGUUCACCCAGCUGAUGUUGGAGGCUUUGGAUGGCUUUCUUAUAGCGCUUACUACAGAUGGAAACAUUAUAUAUGUAUCUGACAGUGUUUCCUCACUCAUUGGGCAAUUACCGUCAGAUAUGGUGGACCAAAACAUCUUGAACUUUCUUCCUGAUCUUGAACACGGGGAGGUGUACAAGCUGCUAUCGUCACACGUGCUCCCGACAGACCCCAUCGCUGCCGAUUUCCUGGAACAUGAGACCCAUAUUGAAUUCUUCUGUCAUUUAGCCAGAGGAAGCAUCGACCCAAAGGAACACCCUACAUAUGAACAUGUGAAAUUCGUAGGAGAUUUUAAAUACCACAACUAUGUGCCUGCAUCGUCUUGUAAUGGCUUCGAGCUGGGAAUACCAAGAACAAUCCGCUCGUCUGCUGAAGAGCAGGUUUGCCUUGUCGCCACUGUCCGCUUGGUCACGCCUCCCUUUUUAAAGGAUAUGUGCAAUGUUGAAGAGCCCUGUGAUGAAUUCACAUCACGGCACAGUUUAGAAUGGAAGUUCCUAUUUCUAGACCACAGGGCCUCUCCCAUUAUAGGUUACUUACCCUUCGAGGUUCUGGGCACCUCUGGCUAUGAUUACUAUCAUGUUGAUGACCUGGAGCUUCUCGCCCGGUGUCAUGAACAGUUGAUGCAGUUCGGGAAGGGAAAGUCCUGCUAUUACCGCUUCCUCACCAAAGGUCAGCAGUGGAUUUGGAUGCAGACUCAUUACUACAUCACCUAUCACCAGUGGAACUCCAAGCCAGAGUUCAUAGUGUGCACGCACACUGUGGUCAGCUAUGCGGAGGUCCGGGCGGAGCGCAGGAGAGAGCUGGGUCUCGAGGAGACGGCAUCAGAAAUGGCUUCCUCCUCCAUUAAGAGUCACGAGGUGUACGUGGAUAUCCGGCAGUGUGGGAACACACAGAAAGCACCCAGGGAGACUCACAGGGAGAAGCUCGGGGUCAGUCAGACUCGCUCGGUGUCGUCUCCCAGUUCACGCAAGUCCUCGCACACCGCCAUCUCAGACUCUGCAUCAAACUCCUCUCUCGGGUUCACAGAAACAGCCACCCCGUCCUGUCAGUCUGUGUCCUUGGGGCCGGAAAUGACCACAUCCCGAAUACAGGCCAGCAGCUCCCAGGCUUUGCUGCCGCCUCAGACCCCCUCUGACCUGCAUCCCCAGCAGCACCCACCCCCAUCCUCCUGCAGCCAGCUCCCAGUCAUGCCCGUGUUCCAGUUUCCUGCCCCACUGGGGGUGAUGCAUCAGCUGAAGGAGCAGUUGGAGGAGCGCACGCGGAUUCUACAGGCUGACAUCAAGACCCAGCAGCAAGAGCUGCACGACAUCAAGGAGCAGCUGCAGCUGGUGCAGGACUCCAAUCUGCAGAUGUUUAUGCAGCCGCCUGCCCCUUUGAGUUUUAGCACUAUACAGCACCAGGGCCCAGGAAGGCCCGCGCAUCAGCAGCAGUCUGGGGUUAUCAGGCAGGCCCAGGGCCUCUCCAAGCAGCCCCCUGCCCUGAUGGGAUCGGAGCAGUACUGCGGCCCACACAGCUCCUCCCCUCACACGCUCACACUGAGGGAGUCCAGCACAGCUUCGCCGCAGGUCCAGCACAGAGUGAUGCUGCAGCACGCCAGCAUGCCUGGACAGACACAUGCCAGCCUGACCAUGCCUCUCUACAGCAACCCCAUGGUGUUCUCACAGACCAACCCCCAGCCAGGACAGAUCUCGGGGACCCAGGACGUGGGCCAGAGGCACAGCGAGUCAAACUUUAACCAGGAAACACAGUUACGCGUGCUGCUGAAUCAGCCACUGCAGCCCGCGGUGUCACAGAGCAGCGGGAGCGGGCAGUCCUCCCAGUGCAGCUGUGCCAUACAGCAGACCAAAUACGCCCCGGAUCAGCAGAUGACGGCCCCCUCAUUACCUAUGCAGCCAAUGAGCUGCAGCGCUCUCAUAGUGCCAUCUCCAGUGUUCACAUCGCCUAUCAUGAUUCCACAGAACAGCUUCCUGACACACCAGACCCAGCCCGUCUACCAGCAGCAGCCCCAAGCAGCACAGCACACACUGCAGCUGCAGCAGCACCAUCACUUCUUUCAGAUGCAGCCCCCUGGAUCCCUUCAGAGUGGACCGCACCCCCAGCAACAGAGCACCAUGACAUACCUCCAGCAGCAGCCCCAACAGCAGCAGCUGCUUCCCCAGAAUCAGACCAGCAACCUGCCGCGCCCCCGGUAGCCCCGGCCCCAGGGGUGGGAAGCAAUGCCGAGGAGGAAGGUCAGCCCAUGGUGGAAGCAUUCCUUUGUGUAGGGCUGCAGUACUGACCCCAGUCACUAGAGGGAGCAGAGGAACCUGUCUUAGGUGGCCUUACAACUGUAGAAGUUACCAAUGCCACUGCCGCAUAGUCUCAGGCAAGCAUGAGUGCUACUAUAAAUGUUACUGCAGAGUUCUCUGUGAUAGCCAGACAGUGUGAAUGGCCCGGGCACUUCAUUUCAGUGAAAGGCUGCAGGGGUAUUGAGCCUAUAGCUGUGUAAUAGGGGGGGGGGGGGGGAACCUGUUGCAUCAAAGACUGUGAACCGAGUGCUCACCUAAUCCUCAGAGAGCUGGUAUGGAUGAACGGCCGAGACAGCUGACUGAACUUCGCAGGGGGAGGGGUUAUUGAUGUCACAAUGCGUGCUUCUAUACCUCGUGUUGUUGGCUUGCCCCCAGACGUGUAGAACAUUUUCCAUUUUCACAACAUUGAGAGGGCUUGUCUUUCUCACAGUGCUGGACUGUUCAGUGCCAUUGCUGAGGCUCUUUGUUGUUGUUUUUUUUCUUGUCUA